UCUCUCCUCUUUCGCACACCUAACACUAUCACUUGUCUACAUCUCAACACAUUACACCUACUCCUCACACAUGUCUACAUAUUAACACAUGCAUCACACCUACUCCAUACACAGGAAACUCUUGUAAUGGAAUCCAAACACAUUCUUGUUUCCCUUUUGAUAACUUUUGCACUUUUCAUAAGUGCAUCAAACUCAAGGCCGAUCAUCAGGAGACUCCCAGGGUUUGAUGGUGAUCUUCCUUUCACUUUGGAGACUGGAUACAUUGGAGUUGGAGAAGAUGAAGCUGUGCAGAUCUUUUACUACUUCGUUGAGUCUGAAAGAAACCCUUCGGAAGACCCUCUUCUUAUUUAUCUCACUGGUGGCCCUGGGACUUCGGUUCUUUAUUCCAUGAUGUAUCAAAUAGGUCCACUCAAUUUCGAUCUAGAUGCUUCGUGGGAGAAUAACAUCACAUUGAAAUUGAAUCCAUAUGCAUGGAAUAAGGUUGCUAAUGUGAUAUACAUAGAUGCACCAGCUGGAGCAGGGUUUGCGUACGCUACAACAUAUGAAGCAUCAAUGAGCAGUGAUUCCCUUCUAGCUUCAAAUGCUUAUGAUUUCCUUCGAAAGUGGUUGAUGGAGCACCCUAGAUUUCUCAGCAAUCCGUUGUACAUAUCUGGGAUUUCAUACAUGGGCAUUAUCUUACCAAACGUCGCUUUACAUGUAUAUAAUGGAAAUGAACGUGGAAAUCAACCACACAUGAAUAUUAAGGGAGUCAUUAGUGUUUCCCCUUUAACUGAUAAGUUCGGUGAUUUUAAUUCAAGAUUUGAGUUUGCUCACCGACUAUCAUUAAUAUCUGACGAAAUGUACGAGUCUACAGAAAAAACAUGCAAUGGUAACUAUGUAUCUUUAUACAAUGAUUUAGACAGCAUCCGUUGUUCGAAUAACCUCCAAUGGGUGGAUGAGUGCACAAGUAUGAUUAACUUAGAGAAUAUAUUGGAACCGUUAUGUGCUACAACAGACCCAGCUUGUCGAGAAGCUACUUUUGGACUUGUAGUAGCUUGGGCAAAUGAUAAAGAUGUUCAAAAAGCUCUUAAUGUUCGUGAGGGAACAAUAGAAACUUGGGAGUGGCAAAACUCGACUAUUCAUUACGAUUUAGGGAAAAAUGACACAAUCAUUUACUCCUACGAUGUAUUCAGCACUAUCCCCAUCCACAAACAACUUCUUGCCAAGAAAUGCCAAUAUUUGAUAAUAUGCGGUGAUCAUGACAUGGUAUUUCCACAUGUGGGAACAGAGAAGUGGAUAAGAAGUCUCAAUCUUCCGGUUGAGAAGCGAUGGGAACCAUGGUUUGUUAAUGAUCAGAUCGCUGGAUAUCAGAUGACAUACGCACAAAAUGAAUACUUGUUAACAUAUGCAACUAUUAAGGGUGCAGGUCAUGGAAUCGCAUUGUACAAGCCUGAAGAAGCUUUGGCCAUGGUGGAUGAGUGGCUAGAUUCUCGUAUUUAUUUAAGUGACAUUUAAGUUAGAUCAAAUAUAUUGCCACUAUGAAUGAUUCAAUUGUUACUUGUAAUCUGGUAAUAUUAAAUAGGCUAUUAUUGAGAGCUUUGAUGAUGUUUGUGAUGAA